AUGAAAGGAGUGUAUAGGGAGGGAGGUGUUGACAGCAUCAUCUCUCCUUAUCGUGUUCGUCCGCGGAGACGGAGAAACUGUCGGCCCGUGUGGAAUGUAUACAGUGCGGAGGAGCGCAACUUUGCACUCGACCGGAAUAUGGCACUUCAGUUAAACAGGCUGUUACGGCAGCCCCGUGGGGCUUCCGCCUGCAUUUCCUGUCGCACUUUCAUUACAACAGCCAUCACUUUCUCUGGUCACAACAAAUGGUCGACAAUCAAGCACGACAAAGCCAAGAAGGACAAGGGAAAGAGCAAAGAGCGCGCGAUGGUGAGCAAGGAAAUCAGCAGCGCUACACAAUUAUGGGGCGCCGAUCCGAAGUACAAUCCACGCCUGACUCUCGCGCUAUCAAAUGCGAAACGAGCCUCCAUACCUAAAACCGUUAUCGAAGCCGCCAUUCUCCGAGGCCAGGGGCUCAGUGUCACAGGACAAGCAUUGGAGAAUGUGACAAUAGAAGCGAUGUUCCCCGGAUCUGUGGCCGCUGUGGUGGAGUGUCAGACUGACCAGAAAGCGCGCGUGCUGCAAGACAUUCGGUACAUGAUCAAGAACGGCGGCGGCACAGUAACACCCACGACCUUUCUCUUUGAGAAAAAAGGACGGGUCACCAUGGAAAAGAAGGAGGGAGUCAAUGCCGAUGACUAUUUGGAUCAAGCCAUCGAGGCCGGUGCCAUCGACAUCAUCACGGACGAGAAGGAGCGCUUGGUCUUGUUCACCGACCCAUCUGAGACCAAAAGUGUCGGCGAGGCGUUCUCUAAACUUUCGGGUCUGACAUUGGAAGAACUAGAGAUCUUCUGGGAUCCGAACCCUGAUACCUUGGUCGAUGUACAGGACUCGGAGCAGCUCAAGGAUCUUGAGGACCUGGUGAGUACUUUACGGGAGGAUCACACUGUUCAGGAUAUCUAUAUGAACUCGAUCCAGAAGUUCUAA